GACAGUUGUGUUCAUAUCUCUACCCUCAGUAUGACGGGCAAACUCUCUCUUCUGCUGAUCUUUCUUUGUCUGCCCUGUUUAAAUUGUCAAAGUCUGACCUCCAUUCCCUCCGGUCCAGUCCUGACACAUCCUGGUGAAACUCUCAGUCUUUCCUGUCAAAUAUCUGGUUAUACCUUUAGUAGCCAUCACUCACAUUGGAUUAGACAGCCAGCUGGAAAAUCAUUGGAGUGGAUGGGUUAUUCUGGUUUAGGCACAGGUCACCAUUCCAAAAGUUUUGAAGGACGUAUGGAAACAACAAAAGAUGAUUCUACCAGGAUGAUGACUCUGAAGCUGUCUGGUCUGAGAGCAGAGGACUCGGCUGUUUACUACUGUGCACGAGACGCACAAUGUAUUAAUAUCUCUACCCUCACCAUGACGUCUGCCUCCGGCGUUCACUGUGAAGAACUCACUCAUCCACCCUCUAUGACUGUCCAGCCAGGUCAACCACUGACCAUUUCCUGUAAGGUCUCAUACUCUGUAUCUAGCUAUUACACAAAUUGGAUUCGACAACCUGCAGGGAAAGCGCUGGAGUGGAUUGGACGUAUCAGCACUAGUGGAAGCACAGAUUACAAAGAUUCACUGAAAAGCAAGUUUAGCAUCACAAGAGACACUUCAAGCAACACAUUGUUUUUAAAAGGCCAGAGUCUGCAGACUGAAGACACAGCUGUAUAUUAUUGUGCUCGAUACACGUCGUUCUCACACAGGCUGAACAGUCGGUCCAGGGGACCCCUGGGGGAUCCCUCAAACUGA